CCCCCUCCCCACUCCACCGCGCGAGCCCCGUCCCCCUCCCGUCCCGCCCUCUCCUCGCGCCGCCCGUCCCGCCCCGCCUUCCCCUGACCGCGCCGCCGUCCGCCGAGACGACAACGGGUCCUCUCAGAGAAAGAUUUAGCCGGGGCAGAGCAGUAUCAAUUGGCCCGCUGCCUCGCGUGGGUGAGCAACCGCCGGCUCGAUUAGCAGCCGCCGUGCCCCUCGCCGCCGCCUCCCCCCUCUGACCGCCGGAGCCAUGGGCACACCGUCUCGCGAAGCUCCGCUCACAGCCGCCAACAAUAUCCAGCCGUUCUUUGUCCUUCACAAGGCGUCCGCUGGUGCGUCCGCAUCCGUUUCCUCCCCGGCAACCUCCCGGGCCCGGCGGCGAAUCGAGGUCUCCCAGCCGUCAUCUCCCAACCCCAAAUCUGCAAAGAGGCCGCGGGACGACGACGAUGAGGGGGACAUGGAGCUGUUCGAGCAGCUCCGCCUGGAGGCCUUCCACUGCACCUGGUCCAAGAUCCAAUCCACCAUCAAUGAGGUCCUCAGAGGCAUCAACCUCAAGCUGUUCGACCAGGUGCUGCGGUGGGUUCAGGAAUCCUUCUCCGCGAUCCGCUCUAUCACGAGACCCUGCCCUGCCGAAAUCCAGCAGCCGUACCCUCUCUUAACUGAUGUGAUCUGCAGAAAGAUACCAACGGCGUUUGUUCUCACUAAGAAUGCAGAAUUUGUUGACGAUGUCACGACAUUUCGGGAUCUCAUGGAUCAUCUGGAGUCUAAUGGAUGUCACCUGGCCAAGCUCUCGGCAACGGAAUUAUCAUCAAAGAAUGGAGUCGGUGGCUGCUUAAGGAGCUUGUUGAGGCAGCUGCUUUCAGACGUUCCAGAUGUAGCAGAUGUAUCUGCACUUGCAUCUUGGUACUGCAAAGGCGACAAUUAUGAUCAACCUAUCAUUAUCAUAAUUGAUGAUUUAGAGCAAUGCUCCGGUGAUGUCCUGGGAGAGCUUGUGAUGACGCUGAGUGAGUGGGUAAUUAAGAUUCCAAUCUUCUUUGUAAUGGGGAUAGCAACUACCCUUGACGCACCAAGGAAACUGCUCUCAUCGGAAGCUCUUCAAAGAUUAGAUCCCUGUAAACUCACGUUGGGGUCUCCCUCUGAUAGAAUGAAUGCCCUUGUGGAGGCCAUCCUUGUUAAACCAUGCGCCGGUUUCUGCAUCAGCCACGAAGUUGCAGUCUUCCUCAGAAAUUACUUUUUCAGACAUGAUGGGACAAUAACAUCAUUCAUUAGUGCUCUCAAGCUUGCAUGCAGUAAGCACUUCUCUGUCGAACCUUUGAGUUUCUUGUGCAUGGGAAUGCUUGAAGAGGAUUCUGAGAACUUUUGGCGUGAUAAAUUUGGUGCACUGCCUGUAGCAGUUCAGAAACAAGCUUUUGGUUUACCCUCAUGCACUAGGGAAAAUAACUCAAUCAAGCCUGGCAACAAUUUGGUAGAAGGUUUGUCUGAGCUGAUGAAGCUGCAAAAGGAUUGGAGUUCUGUUCUCUUGUGCUUGUAUGAAGCUGGAAGACAUGGCAAAGUGCAACUUUUAGAUAUUUUCUGCGAGGCAAUCAAUCCAGAUCUGCACACUCAGAAUGAUUCAAAUAAUGAACUGCUUAUGUCUAAACUCACAAGUGGGAAUCUAUCAAGUGGAAAAUCAGGUGCUGGUAGAAGAUGUAUAGCUCAGGCAUUGGAUACAGCAAGAUACAUGCCUAUGGAAACAUUAUUUCGUGUUCUUGAAGUUUGGAGCACCCACUUAGAAGGAAUGAAUGAGAUUAAUGCCAAGGUCAAAGAGCUUCAGUCAACCACAACCAGUGAAGAUUGUGUGACAAUCACAAAGGAUAAGUGGCCUAGGAGAUCAGCAAAUAGUACUGCAAUUGGAACAGUGCCAUUAAACGAUAAAGCUGCCAUGCUAUUGGAUGAUAUUACGAGAAAACUUUUGGUGCCUGUGGAGUGUUUACCUUUUCACGAAAUCAUUUGCUUCAAGAAUGUUGGUGUUCUCCAAUCUGCACUAAUUGGAAACCCAAGAAGAAUGGUUCAGCUUGAUCUCCUGAAGUCACAGAGCCGUCUUAAUUGCUCUUGCUGCAGCAGAAAUGGAAUUGCUGUGUCAGCAUCCUUGCAUGACACAUCAGUUAUGUGCAACCUAGCCCAAGAAUAUGGUGACGUAAUUAACCUCCAUGACUGGUACCUGUCUUUUGAUGGAAUUAUCAAUUCAAAAGGGAAAAGCAAAUUGGUCGGUUCUCCCUCAAAAAAGAAAUCAAAAGCCACGCCUCAACAGAGUGGAGCCAUGAUCCAAGCACGGUUCUGCAGGGCUGUCACGGAGCUCCAAAUUACUGGACUUCUUCGAAUGCCGAGCAAGAGAAGGCCAGAUCUGGUGCAGAGAAUUGCAUUCGGUCCUUGAGACCUUCAUUUCUCGUGAAGAAAUUAUGCUAGAAGCGAGCAAUGCACCGAAAGGCUAAGAAAAUGCUUCUCAUGUAGUGAGUGACAUGUAGAGCUCUGUUUGGUUGUAUGUAGAGCUGCAUUGAGUCAAUGGGGCCUUUGAGGGCUUCUGCAAGUACCAAUUUAUUUGAGUAUUUGCAUCAGUUGAUUAUGAACAAACUGAAGAGCUCUGAAUUACCAUGCAACAGUUUAUAUUUCAUACAAUUUUGAUAGGGCUAUUGUUGCUUUUAAUUAUGCUAGCAACCAAAGUAAAGUUCGUGAAAGGUUUGGACAAAAUGCCAACUUCAUGUAAUUUCCUGUUCGUUGAUCACUCUCAGUUGAACAGAAUGAUAGAACCAUUCACACUAGUAAUUUUUCAGAAAAUCA